AUGACAGACUACUCGUCGCAGACGCUGCUCACUCCACCUUCAAGGGCAUUCGGCAAACCCUACGGCGCCAGCAACGGUAUCAGUACAACGUACAAGCUUCCUCUUCUGAUCCUCUGGCAACUCUCAAUCCUGGCCACUUGCAUCGCAGGAGCGGUUAUUGUACUGUUGGCCUCGCAGAAGGAACUCGCCCAUUCCUGGAGUAUCACGCCGGCCGUGUGGCUCUCCUUGAUCGCCGGUGUGUACGUUGUCGUCCUCGGGGCGCUCUUCUCGACUGGAGUGGCGGUCAUAUGGUGGAGAUGCAUCGCGCACGGCACAACACUCGAGCGCCUCCACCUCGUCCAUACAGGGUCUAGCCUGAUGGAUCUGGUGCCCGCAUUUCUGGCAGGCUGGCAUGCGAGGAAGGUUGCAGUAGCGGCAUUAUUCAUCCUUGCGACGAAGCUUGCCGUCGGCCCAAUGCUGCAGCGCUCUACAUCGCCGAAAUCUCAUGAAGCUACGAAAGAUAUUCAAAUGACCAUCGACAUCGCUUCCGAGAUCCCUGAUGGCUGGUUCACAUCCAGGAGCAACAGUAUUUCUACCAGCCAAGCCACGUUUUUUGGCGACGACAUUGCCACGAGGAUUGGCACGAACCAUCUUUGCCCUGGAAAUGGGACUUGCCGGGCCCGCGUCAAAGCGGCGGGAAUGAACCUUUGGAACACUACGGAUUCCAAAACCUUGAACCUGCUCGACCUAGCUAGUUUGAACGAGACAAUCUUCAGUAUCGAUCUCAGUAUCAACAGCGACUUCGGUGUGCCAAUUCUGUUUCUUGAGACGACCUUUGUAUCCGCAGUAGACAACGAUUGCAUCGCCACGGUAACCCACGAGACUUAUGGCAUGAUACCAGCUACCAUGCAGUAUCCGAUCACCAUACACGGUAGCCGGAUCAUGCCUGACAUCUUGGGCGCUCUCGAAAAUCCUAUCAUCAUAUCGAACAAUUCCAAUGUUAAUGGAUCUUCGAGUGCGUUACGAGGUAUUCGAGAUGCUCUUCGUCCUGUCUAUCUUUCCAAAGGCGCUCUGAGCCUACCUCAAGAGGGAAAGCCUUCAGUCAGACAAGAUUUGAACGGUUUCUGGGUCGACAUGUUUGCCACCACCGGAGUAGUGUCAGGGUCAAAAUAUCCCGAGAACGUUGUCAAGCACUGUCCGCUGCUUUGGAAAUCUCCAACAAAAUAUAUAAUGGGGAAGAUCCUGGACUACACGUUCCGAGCUGCUCGUGCAGUUGCUGGACAACGCAGCGAUAGACAAGAUAGGCAGGACGUCAUGGCGGUGUAUACGGGCGAAGAGCUUCGGUACGUUACGAACUUCAAGUGGCUCGCCGCAUCUAUCGCCCUCAUGGUUUUGGGCAUGAUAGCAGCAUUAUCGCUCUCGUGGAGAUGGUGGCAACUCGGUCGUUACGUUACGUUGUCACCGCUCGAGACUGGUAAAGCUUUGGGUGCCCCUAUCCUCACUGAAGCCGCGCCCGAGCAAGGAGUGAAGUCUAUCUUGCAACACGUCGGUCAUGAGCUUGUGGCUUACGAUGACGGCGAGCUGAUCUGCGCCGGAAGUCUGUACACUUCUGGGGUAGGAGCCAGCUUGAGUAACCCUAGACCUAGGCGAAGUCCCGAUGGACCAGCGCUCAUGGACGCGUCUCCAGAGCCAUCUGAUGAUCAUCGCCCUGCUCGCCGCCACAGGAGAACCGUCCGCAGCCUCAACGAAGCUGAUCCCAUUCGCAUCACUCGGACCUUCGAGCAUGAUCGCGGCUCCACGACGAGGGCCCCUUACGCGGAUGAGGAAGAGAUGGACAUCGGCCACGGUAGACCUUGGGUGAGCGACCAAUCCAACGAUAAUGUGCCGCUUAUCCAGGUGCUGUCCAACAUCGCUGCUCCUCGGUAUAACCCGCGUCAAGGGGUUCCGCAAUCAGAGUCGGCUCCUUCGCCCACGCGUAUGCAAAGGAGGUCUCUAGAUCAGAGGAAGAGGAGAAGAGCUAGUGUAAGGAGUCCGCUGCCGAGUAUUGAGGAAAGGGAUAUGCCGAUUCGCGGUGGUUCGGGGAGGUAG